AUGCGUAACUUACCUACUCUGGUUCGCGAGAAAUUCAAAGCAGCUCAAGCUGCCGGCGAUAUCACCUAUUUCCAGACUCAAUUGACCAUUUUGCAUUGCAAUUCGCUGCCGUUUCAAUUGCGAUAUUCUCCAGCGUUGGCACAUAAACCUAAGGCCGACAAGCCCAAAGACACCUCUCAAAAGCCAUUCAAUCCAUUCCUGAAGCCGUCCCUGUCGCUGCUUGUAACAGAGUUUGGGUCGCACAACCUCAUACUUAAUAAAUUUCCUGUCAUACCGGAUCAUUUCGUUCUUUCAACGAAAGAGUUCGAAGAACAGACACACUUGUUGAAGGAAGCUGAUCUUGUGGCGGCAUAUAAUUGUUUAGAAUCAUACCAUGCGGAAGGAGAAGAAUUGUUUGGAUUCUUCAAUUCGGGGGAAUACUCGGGGGCGUCACAGCCCCAUAGACACAUUCAAUUCCUUCCAGUCGAAUCGAUGAGAGCAGGACUAGACAAAGAGUUGGAAUGGUCUCCUUUGAUCGACCGUCUCGUUGACACACCCGCUCCAGAGCUCCCAUUCACAUACUUCGCCGCGUCUUUCCCAAGCAAUGUUCAGCCGUCAGAUCUGCAUGCAACCUACUUAAAACUGCAUCAGAAAGCUUGUCAGCUGAUGAAAACUAUGCCUUCUCAAGACCACAGAGAAGAGUCGCCCAUUAGCUAUAACUUGGGACUUACCAAUAAAUCCAUGGUACUAUGUCCACGAAUGUCAGAGGGGCUUGAGAUCAAGAAUGUUGAUGGCAAAAAUAUCGGAUAUGUUGCUUUGAAUGGCACUCUUCUAGCGGGUACAAUGCUAGUUAAAAGUGAGAUUGAAUGGGAUGCUGUUCGUAAGGACGAGGGAAUACUUGUCAAAGUUCUCGAGACGAUAGGAGUACCUCUGCAUAACACAGUUGAUCCUCAUCAGACAAAUUCUGGUACUUCCGAUAAACCUUUAGACGGAAAGAUAUAA